CGAACAAAAACUCGUCCUCUCAUCAUGGCAUCAUCUCUUCCUCAGUUCCACCCCGAUUUCACAUUUUCCGGUGAGACUCCGUCGCUGUUUCACGGCUCUUCUUCAUGUCCUGACGUCUCAGCUCUAUCCAAUUACUUUGACGACGGCUAUGGCUCCUUCAACGCAUCUUCUAACCCAGAAUCCACGUUUUUCCCGCAAGUUUUUGGGGUUUCUGACGUUUCUAUGCCGGAGUACAACAAUUACUACCAGAAUGUAGGUGUGAAUGUGAAUGGCACACAAUAUUUUCAUGUUGGGAAUCAAGAGUACUACGGCUAUUCACCGGAGAUCAAGCCCUUGUUUCAUCCGUCCACUGGAGAGCAAUCAUUGCAGGGAAAUAGUGAAGGAGGGAUGCAAGCUGAGCCGAACACAAAAGUGGGACGCUAUUCGGUUGAAGAACGUAAAGACAGAAUCAUGAGGUACUUGAAGAAGAAGAACCAGCGCAACUUCAAUAAGACAAUCAAGUAUGUAUGUCGUAAAACCCUAGCUGACCGGCGAGUUCGUGUUCGAGGACGAUUUGCUAGAAACAAUGAUACAUGUGAGCAACCAUCUCACAUGUCUAAGAAUCACAACAACCAUUCUGAAAAAGACGAAGAUAUGUUUUCUGGAUCAGACGACUAUCUAAUUCAGCAGGUGGAAAACGACGAUGUAUGGCUUCAAGAAGCAAUGUCCAAUCUAAUUUCGUUUCCUUGUGAAUUAAACACUGCCGGAGAUUCUCAUCAUCCAAACACAUGGAGCUUCUGAUCCUAUACUACCUCGCUCAUUUACUGCUGAAUCAAAAAAAAAUUUACUGCUGAAUCAUUUAAUUAAUGUCGCUUGGCAUAAAAUUUGAUCUAUUAGUUCAGUUUAAUUAUAACUAAGCAGGUUAGUUAUUUUAUUAUAUAUCUGUUAUCAUAAUAUACUUAAUUAUUCAUGGGGUUAAUGAACAUGAAGAUUCUGCCUAGAAUGUAAAUAAAAGAACUUCAAUUGAUCAUCAUAUCCUUUGAUUGUCACUUGAUCAUCACAUCCAUGACGUGAGAAUAAUUUCACCCAAUAAUGA